AGACGUGUCCUCUUAUCACUUUCCCCGGCCGCCGGGACCUCGUUAGUGUUGAAGUGAUGGGUUCCGAGCUGAAUGUGGGCUUUCUGUCCGCGCUUGACUUCUUUUACUGGCUCGGGGUGGGCGCCGUGACCUGGUUUUCGCUGAAAAUAGUGUGCCAGUUGCUGAGUGGAGCUCGGGCAUUUGUGUUUGGAACGGGCGUCAAGGUGGAGAGCUUUGGUCGCUGGGCAGUUGUUACAGGAGCAACUGAUGGAAUUGGAAAGGCUUACGCAAGGGAGCUUGCCAAGCGUGGCAUGAGUAUUGUCCUGAUCAGCAGAAAUGAAGAAAAACUGGAUGAAGUGGCAAAGGAAAUAAAUGAGCAGUUUGGUGUUGAAACAAAAACAGUUGCUGUGGAUUUUGGAGGAGGAGUUGAGAUCUACAAGAUUAUUGAGCCUGUUCUGGCUGGACUGGAAAUAGGUGUCCUCGUGAACAAUGUGGGAAUUUCUUACAACUACCCAGAAUAUUUCCUGGAUGUGCCUGAUCUGGACAAUGUCAUCAGCAAAAUGAUCAACAUCAAUAUUCUGUCUGUCAGUAAGAUGACUAGGAUGGUGUUGCCUGCCAUGGUACAGCGGUCGAAGGGCAUCAUCCUGAAUGUGUCCUCUGCUAGCGCCUUGUUUCCAGUACCUUUACUGACGCUCUACUCUGCGACCAAAGCAUUUGUAGAUUUUUUUUCACAAGCACUCCAUGCUGAAUACAAGGGAAAGGGGAUCAUUGUCCAGAGCAUACUUCCAUUCUUUGUGACAACAAAAUUGAGUAAGAUACGUAAAUCAGGUGUGGCUGUACCAAGUCCAGAAACAUAUGUAAAAGCUGCUUUGAACACAGUUGGCCUUCAAAUGCAGACAAAUGGUUAUUUACCACAUGCAAUAACGGGUUGGAUUAUUUCAUCUGUGCUUCCAGUUUCUCUGUCAAUGAAGUGGAGCAUGAAGAUAAACAAGAGUGUCCGUGCUCGUUCACUUAAGAAGCUGAAAGAAAAAGGGGAUUGAUCAGAAUGUCCAAGUUGAUCAAGAAGUCCAAGGAAAUUGUGAUCUUUUAUUAUGUGAAGCAUGACAAAAAAAAAAAAUUGGCUUAAAGUACAACUUGGUGAAACAGCUCUAAGGACCAAAUUGGGAGAUUUUUAAUUUGUUACUUUUCAAAAAUUUUUCUUAUGCCUAGGAUUAUAUUUGCAUUUAGUUUUGUAAAGACCCGGCAGAAAAGUCUGCUGUUCAGUAAAAUUACACAGGUAAGCAGAGUGUUAUCCACAAAGUUUAAUUCUGGCAUUGGUGUAGAGGAAAUAAUUUUCACUAGAUUGCACGGCUGUUGCCAGAAACAGCACCUAUUUAAAAGAAAAAAAGUUUUGACCAAUACAAUCCUGGUCAAAUCUCCCCAAUCUGCAUCAGUGACAGAGGCUUGGAAAGGUAUAAUAAAGAUGUCUGAAGAAAAUGCUCUGAUAUAUGUAUCUGAUUUAAUGUAGAAAAUUAUUCAAUAUAAGCAUUAUCUCUGAAAUUAAGAGAUCUUGGAUAAAUGGUUUUAGGAAAUUGAACACAAUUUAUCCAGAUAAAUUUGUUUAUUUGCAUUGCAAUUGUUACUUUCUGAAGUGUACACAUUUAAAUAACUGAAAAGUACUUGAUUAUGUUGGGACCAUUCUUGGGCACUCGUGGUAUAUACUGGAAGCAUAAUUCACAAUCCUUUUCCAUUUAUUUUAAAGUGUGUUUAAAACAGGUAUCAUAGUCACAUCUGGUAUGUCCUGAAGCAGAAUUAUUAUCCCGUUAUUACACAAAACAUUUCAAUGUUUCCUUAAUUGAUGCAUGUGUCUGUUUACAGAGUGAAACCAUAAAAAUAUCUUAAGUAAUGUAAAGAUAAAUACUAUUAACAUUUAAAGAACUUCCUUAGCAUAAAUGUUUUCAAAUGAGACCUUAAAUUAUAGUUGGAUAACAAUAUUAGGUGAUAAUGAGCUUGUGAUAAAUUAGUGUUUUGCCAGAUUUUGCGUCUUAUAGAAGUCGGUGCCCCUUUUACAAAACUAAGCAUCUGCAGAUUUUCUCUUGUUUGUGGUUGGAUAUUACUACUGAUCAAAAUGCAGAUUAAAAAGGAUUUGAAAAAUACUGAUUUUACUUGGUUGCAGGUUGACUUUCCUGGCAGUAACUUUUCACUGAUCACAUUCGGCUGCAUUUCUGAUACUUGCAGAAUCAAAGUUAAUGCUAUUAGUUACAUAGAAAAUUAUACAAGAAUUUUUCAUGCUCAAUCUGCAGUUAGUGAUUUCAGAUUGCUUUUCUUAAUGAGUGCUAUUGAAUAGUUCUUGGAUUUGGUGCAAAAAAGCUUUUGAAUUACGUGUAACUCCAGUUCUUGAUUUGAGUCAUUUGGCUGUCCUAUAAAUAUUUGUUUUGACCACUUCACUUAGUUUUCAAAAGUAAUUGGUUACUUUAUACUUAGAAACUGACAUCCAGUUUUUACUCAGUGUUACCAGUUUCCACAAAACUCCUUUUCAGAAUAGAAUUUGAACUCUAAUAGCAGGUAUUUAUAUUGCAAACAACAGGAAUUCUGCAGAUGCUGGAAACUCAAGCAACACACAUCAAAGUUACUGGUGAACGCAGCAGGCCAGGUAGCAUCUGUAGGAAGAGGUGCAGUCGACGUUUCGGGCUGAGACCCUUCGUCAGGACUCACGUCCUGACGAAGGGUCUGGGCCUGAAAUGUCGACUGCACCUCUUCCUACAGGUAUUUAUAUUGUAUUUUUUUUGCUAACUUAAAUAAAAAGCUGUAGUCAAGGCAUUUUUAAAUCUUAUUUUUUAAUCCAUGUCUUGAUUCAUGCAAAUUUCAAACAUAUAGCAAAAAUGUUGAGUUUAAAUUGCUUAAAACAACUUAUAGAUUUCUUGUAUUUUGUGCAUAAAUAUUGGUUCACAUCUUGUUUCCUGUUAUUGAAGUAUUAGUAUCUGAUUUUGUGAACAUAAGGGUUGAUAAAUGCAAGUGCCAUUGGAAAGGAGAGAGGUUCUUUGUUCACAGAUGUUUUUCAGACUUGUUGGCUUUAUCCAUAAAAUAUAACCUCAAAGUUAUAUUCGUAUAGUUAUAGUUAAAUCCAUCAUGUUGACCUGAAUCACUGAGUUGAACCUACUUCUCUGUGGAAUUACAACAUGUCAUUAAUAACUUAGUUUCCAUGGUUUACCAGUGACUUCUCUGCAUACUUGUGCUUAUCCCAAAUUCUGGAGGAAUUUAUAUCAUAAUCAAAUUAUGAUGUUGAAAGAUUUCUUACCCCCAGUCUUCCCAAAAAAAAAUUACUAAUAGCAGUUCUGUAAUUCUUAUGUCAGCCAAGGUGUGAGCAUGUGAAUAAUAAUGAAACAUUUAUGGAGUUCUUCAUCCAUGUCUGUAAAUGUCUUCAAAUUCUGAAUGUGGUUUCUACUUAAUAUCUAAUACACAACAGAAACUUCUGAGUUUUGUAAUCUAAGUGACUAAAAUACUCAAAAUUAUGGCAUUAUGGCACUUAUUUUUUGCAAAGUGGCUUUCAAUCUGAUACAUUGCUGGAUAUGUGGUUCUGAAAUUAAAAACUCUGUUGCUACUAAUUGCAAGCAUGAAGAAUAAAAUUAUUGGUUUAUAUACAACUGAUAACCUGGUUUUAGAUUUGCUCAAAGUAAUCCUGAAAUGGGACACAUGUAUUUAUGUGGGUCAUUAUGAUAUUCUUUCUAAUCUGUGUAAAAUAAAUUGUGGUGGUGUUAAGUUCUGGAUGUUUCUAAACAUGCAAUACCGAUGCAAUGGUGCUGAACUGAUUAAAUAUAAGUUUGUGUUCAAUUUGGGUUGUAUUGCAGAUUUGGUGAGCUGAAUAAAUGCAGGGUUGUCUUUAUGUCCAAGUGUGCAAAAUAGAUGAGAUAAAUUUUGUCAAUUCGGCUAUAACUAGUAUUGCAGAACUUGUAUGAUUUCAUCAAUGAGAACUGUUUCAGGUUAAUCUGUGCAACCAACACAAUAAAGCAUCUUAUUUGUGAAA